GGAGCAGCCCAUAUUUUCGUGCAAGGCGCACGUGUUCCACAUCGACCCCAAGACAAAGAGAUCGUGGAUCCCGGCGUCGUCUUCUGCUGUCUCCGUCUCCUUCUUUUAUGACUCCACCAGACAGCUCUACCGCAUCAUCUCCGUUGAGGGGACUAAGGCGGUGAUCAACAGCACCAUCACGCCCAACAUGAUGUUCACCAAAACCUCACAGAAGUUCGGCCAGUGGUCCGACAUGCGCGCCAACACUGUGUACGGCCUUGGCUUCUCCACAGAGGCUGAGCUCAACAAGUUCAUCGAGAAGUUCCAGGAGGUGAAGGAGGCGACGCGCUCCAGCAAGAGCAACGGCACAAUCAGUGGUGGUGGCGGAGGCGGAGGUGGUGUGUCCUCCUCAUCAGGCCCUGCCUCCGCCACGGCGUCACCGCUCACCUCACGCGCCAAGAUCCAGGACCCGGCAGCCUCCGACAUCAAUGCUGUCACAUCAGGUCUGGACCACCUAGCCCUGGCCAACUCUAAUGACAUAAAUGCCACGCUGCUCAAAUCAUCUCUUGUUGCUCACCAGCGCUCUCAGAGCCUCUCAGGACUCCAGCCUCCAGGGGAGAGCCCCAAGCACAAGCAGGCUGGCGCCGGGGGGGGCGGCGGCGGUGGAGGCGGAGGCGGGAGUGACAAGGGUGGACCUGCGGGUGCAGGAGCCAAUGUCGACACACAGGUGCAGCUCAAGUAUGAAAAUGACAGGCUCAAGCUGGCCCUCGCUCAAAGUUCUGCCAAUGCCAAGAAGUGGGAGAUCGAGCUGAACUCACUGAAGACGACGAAUGCGCGGCUGACGUCGGCGCUGCAGGAGUCCACAGCCAACGUGGAGGAGUGGAAGAAGCAGCUACAGACUUAUAAGGAGGAGAACAGCAGGAUGAAGACACGCAUACACGAGCUGGAGGCUGGAGGCAGGACAGGGGUAGGAGACUCAGACGAAUUGGUGAAGGAGGUUGGUGCGCUGCGAGCUCGCCUGGAGGGUAUGGAUGAUGAGAUCCGUUCUCGAGAGGCCACCAUCGAUGACCUAGAGAAGCAGAUCCAGCGUAUGCGUGCAGAUGACCAGAAGCUGCAGCACCUUGCAGAGGAGAAUGAGCAGCUGCGCAUGGAGACCUCCCGAGCACAGUCACAAUUGGAGGUUGCUAUGGCGACGCAGGACAGCCAGCGUGGCGUGGUGGAGAGUGUGAACAUGCAGCUUGGAGACCGGAUCAAGGACCUUCUGGCCCUCCACCAUGAGCUGAACCACCUACUCACCACCUGAGGGGGGUCAGGUCGGGGGCCGCCUCCUCCCCCCGCUUCCCAACGCUCCAAUGCGGCCGCAGGCCAAAGAAAGACCAUUCGCCUUCAGGCCGUCUGGCACGUUUGAAGCGUGGGCGCGGGGACUCCUAAACACGGCUGCUUCUGACCUGGGAACACGCUAGUCUUUUACUAUUCUCAUCUGUGAACCCCCCCCUCCCCCACCCCUCCUCACUCAUCACCUGACAGAUUUCCCUAACUUGGCCCUCAGCCCAUCACCCUCCCACCCCACCCCCUCCCAAGCUACAACGUAAUCCCCUUGUUAAAUGAAUGAAAUUCCUCUUUCCCUCUCACCCCCCCCCUUCCCCUCCCUUAAUGCCUUGUUUUCCACACACCCCUCCUGCUUAACCAAUUUAUGCUCAUAUGAUUCACCCAGCUGCUGCUGUUGCUGCUGCUGCUUGUUUUAUCAGCUUUUCUGUCCCUUGGCUUGUCUUUUGAUCUCUUUUAAUUCUGUCAUCCCUAAUUUCUCCUUACAUAAAGAAAUUUUUCUUCAGAUGUCAUGAUGAAUUAAUUUCUGAAUUAAACGUCCCCUUCCCCCAACCACCACACCCCGACCUACAGGCUCAAAGGACCACAAGCUUCAUCUCAACUGAAGCGGUCAGCCUCAGAGAUGGACCCACAUCACAUGUUACACCAGUGAUGCCUGUGCUCUCCCUCCUACCACUUACCCCUCUCACUCGUCAGCACCCCAUGUUGUUCCAUCAGUCUUGAUGGCGACUGGCUAUUCCCUUUCUAUUUACAAGCCUGAACUUCCCAUUUCCUCCCUUUCACUUUUGGCUUGUCAAAUUCCCAUUUUAUUGACUUCUUUAAUAUCUUUUUGUGUCUUGAGCCUUUUUGUGCUUAUGUUUGGGGUAAACCUGAAACCCCCACUGUUAGCGGAAACGAGAGGAAAAACUUGAAAUUGAUAAUAAAUGCAUAUUGUGGUCUUUUGUGCAGGAAGUCUCAUUAAGAUAUUGCAGUUUAGGUGAAUGUCAUUGUCAGACCAAAACAGAAUUGGUAGAAUAGUCAUCUCUCUUUGGUUAUCUAUAGAGAAAAGAUAGUAUUUAAAGAAAGGGACUUAUUUAUAAAUGCAUG